AUGUUAAGCCGCAAAAAUUCAAUUGAUUUGGAAAUUACAUACAAUAAAGAUAAAAACCACGAUGAUAAAUCAGCAAAAGAACCGAAAAGGACCUCCGGUUUCAAUGCAAAUAAAAAAAGCAUAAGCAAAAAACAAAGUACAGAAAAGAAAACUACCGUUAAUAAACAACCAAAGCAACGAAAUUUGUUGAAACCUGGUGAAAUGUUUCUGCUUUUUACAUCGAGACAAUUCACAAUUUUUGAUGAAGUGGAACUGCGGCCUGAAAACAAGUUAGGUAUAACACGUUAUAUGAGGAGGAGAUUGCAGCUCCAUGCAGUAUCGGAUAUUUCAAGAACCGGAAUCAUAAUUCCCAAUCGAAUAUCGUAUCCCAUAAAUACAUCGCAAUGGGAAAUCGAUUACAAAGAUCUGAGAAGUCCUUACUUGCGUUAUAUGAUAGCAACAGCAUAUUCGAUGGAAGCGAUAAGCCUUGAAGAAGCGAUUCCUGGCAAUAUUUUAAUAAUUGGCUUGGGUGGUGGUGCAAUGAAUAAUUAUUUACGUCAUCAAACUAAAAAUAUAAAUACAACAGUUGUAGAAAUUGAUCCGUUAUAUCUAGACAUUGCCACUAAAUAUUUCGGAUUUAUCGAAGAUGAUCGUCAACGAUGCAUUAUUAAAGAUGGUGCAGUGUACAUAAAGGAAAGCGUUGAACGGGGUGAAAAGUUCCACGUGGUUGUUAUAGAUGCAUCAUAUUCUGAUAUAACUUACACUUUGUGUCCAUGUGAAAUAUUUUUUAAUGAAUCAGUCGCAGCCUACUUACCCAAAAUUAUUGAAACUACUGGUGAGCUUUUUCGUUUUCUAAGUAAAUUAAAUGAAUAA